GUUAGUACCAUGAACAAUCCCCACAUCGCCUUGUUAUCGGCCGUGCAGGCCAACGAUACGCGCCAUAAUGCCACGCUACGUUCCCAGAGUCGUCCCACGGAUCCACGCCUGGAGCAACUGAUUGUCUAUCGGGCUGUGCUGCAGCAUCUGCUGCUGCAGAAGGCCCACUAUGACAACGAGCGGGAGCUGGAACUCCGGCGUCUCAAGCGAUUCCGCAGCGAGGGAGCCAACGAGCGCCGUUUGCAGAUCCAGGAGCAAGUGCUCAAGAAGGCGCAGGGCAUGCUGCCUGGCAUCGUUUUCAAAAUGCGCAACGAGGUGGACAAGCUGAAGCGCUUCCUCGACAUCGACAAGGAGCAGGAGCUGCGCCAACUGGACACCACCCUCUACGACAACUGCGUCGAGCUACUCAAUAACUGUCAAUCUUCCCUGGAAAACAUUAAUUGAGCUGCCAAGUUAAAUUUCAACAUUCUCGUUUGUCAAAUUAAAUAGUGCAAGCAAGAAAUAUAAAAAAAAUAUAUAACCCUUCAUUAUGCAAGUAAUAUAUUACUCCCAUUUUAUG